CCCAACAGGCAGUUUGUGCACCCAACUGACACUUUGUAGAAACCUGUUAUUUACCUGAUCUUUUCUUUACAUUAUUGCCAGUAUUUUAAGUUCAAGUGGAUUUUUCAGUAUUUGGGUUACGGUGGCAUUGCUGUGCUCAAGGUUGUCCUGCACACAAUGGGGGUCAAAGCAGCUCUUCCGAGGUACGAGCUCUGCUGUUAUAAUGUAGUGCUGUGUAUGGCAAUGCUCUGGGCUGCCAGAUGGAUAUUUGAUGUAUCCAGCUCAAAUUCCAACAGAAAAACCUUCAAGACCAGUGUUCAGCCAGGAUGGUAUUACUCUGGCAGAAAAAUGGAUACGGCUGAUGUUGAGUGGAUGAUGUGGUUCUCUACGUUUCGAGAGCAUAUCAUCUUUGCACUCUCAGGUCAUGUGAUCUUUGCCAAGAUCUGCUCGUUGCUGGCUCUGCAGUACAGAUCUCUGGUGUUCAUGGUGUAUGGUAUGCUGGCGGUUUUCACCAGUAUGGGCUGGGCCUACGUCAUGCUCAUCCUCUCUCACUGUGUGCUGCUCUAUAGCAUCUCUCUGGUCAAGCUCAGGUGGCUCUGCUUCAUUGCUGGACUCACUACACUGGCCACUUUUAAAAUGGAGCCCUUCAUUUCCUGGCAGGCAGGGUUUGUGACUGGCAAUUUUGAGCUGCGUCCUCUUCUGUUCUACGGCGGCUGUGGAUUCACCAUCAUGCGCUCUAUGAGUUUCGCUCUGGAGAACUGUGAGAAGAAAGAUGGAAACUACAGCAUUCUGGAGCUUCUCAAGUACAACUUUUACCUUCCCUUCUUUUACUUUGGACCCAUCAUGACCUUCGACAAGUUCUACAUUCAGGCCAAUAACCCCAACCUGACAAGGAAGGAUGGAGAGAUGUGGAACAUUUCCCUUCAGGGCCUGCUACACCUGGGGGUUAUUAUGAUAGUGGCAGCCCUUCUACACUUCAUGUACAUUCUGACCAUACCUAGUGACAUGAAGCUCCUUAAAAAUAUCUCAGACUGGGCCCUUGUUGGAUUGGCUUAUUUAAAUCUGGUGUAUGAUUGGGUGAAAGCAGCAGUGAUGUUUGGAGUGAUAAACACAAUAUCAAGACUGGAUCAUCUGGACCCUCCCAAACCACCAAAAUGCAUUACAAUGCUUUAUGUGUUCUCUGAGACACACUUUGAUCGAGGAAUAAAUGAUUUUCUCUGCAAGUAUGUUUAUAACUAUCUCGGUGGGAAGCAUGACAAUGUUUUGGAUGAGCUGAUAGCCUCUCUGUGCACGUUUGGCAUCACAGCGCUCUGGCUGGGACCAGGCUGGGUGGUUUUCAUCUGGGCUUUCUUAAACUGCUUUGGCCGUAAUUUUGAAUUGUGGACCGCCAAGUUCUUCACCAUGGAACCUUUUAUUUCUAUUGAGAUGGCGAUAUCAGAAUCUAUGUCACGCAGGAUCAGGGCUGUGUUUAAUACCUUCAACUUCUGGAAAAUUGUCCUUUACAAUGUCCUGGCCCUGAACAGUCUUGAAUUUGCCAACCUAGUUGCCAAGAGACUGUUACUGAAAGCCAGUAACAGAAGUUUGGUACAGAGACGGCUGGACUAG